AUGGUUUCCGUCCGCAUCAUUGCCCUCCUUUCGGCCGCCGCUGCUGCAGUCAGCGCCGCGCCCCUCGUCGACCGCGAUGUCGCUACCAACGUCACCGACACCGUCGAUCGUGAUCUCCGCAACGGCGAGCUCAUCGUCUUCGGAGAGGGUCGCUCCCAGAUCAUCACUCAGGACACUUGGGAUCUCCUCCUCAAGACCAUGAAGAUCGAGUCCGAGGCCCCCGAGCUCGACACUGAGUGGCUCAAGGCUGGCGAGGCUCUUACUGAGCUCCCUGUCAACACCACUGAGAUCGGCCUUGGCAAGCGUGACUGCAACAGCAACUACCAGACUGUUGUCGACCGCACUCAGCGCUUCGUCGACUGGGACGUGCAGAUGUCCCCCGUCGUCAUCGGCGCCGGCAAGAACGGCAUCGACAUCACCAUCUCCAAGUCCUACGCCAUUGCCAACAGCGUCCAGGUUAGCGCCGGUAUCGAUCUUGGCCUCAUCAAGGACCGCCUCAAGUCCAGCUUCGGCAUCAACUACUCUCGCACCUGGACCACCACCCAGGGUUACCUCAUCCGUGGCACUGUCGACAACGGCGAGACUGGUGUUGUCAUCACCCGCCCCUGGACCAACCGCAAGUACGGCCGCACCUUCCAGGGCUGUGUUGGUAGCCUCCGCCAGACCGGUACCUUCAUUGCCGACUCCCACGAAGAGGGUGCCUACGAGGGCGUCACCUGGGUUGCCGGCGCUAUCACCGCUUGCAUCAAGAAGCAGAGAUCCAUCCCUCUGUCUCGCUGCAACGGCUCUGGCAACUUCCGAUAA